CAAAUAAACCAAAAGCUAAAAGAGAGAGAAAGCGCGAGAGAGAGAGGAGGAAGAUCAUUCCUCCAAUUACCUCUCUCUACUUUUACGGGGAGAAUUCAUAAAUUAGUGGGAAUCAACGAGAGAUGGAUUGGAAUUGAUGAAAGUUACACUGCAAAAAACACGUUUCCCGAUAAUAAGUAUCAGAAUUCAGCGAUCUGAGAGGGAAGCUAGAAGAAGAAGAAGAGAGAUAUUUUCUCGGUGGUUUCCGGUUAAGAGGUCCUGUGGAUUUUGGUGUCAUCUCUAAUUGAAUCAAAAUCUCAGAUUGUUACAAGGUGACAACGAAAUUGUUCAUCUUGUUAGAUUGUAUUAGCCGGAGACCCAAUUCCGAAGAUCAUCCUCCAACUAUUCCCGAUUUCAUAACUUUUUUUUUUUGAAAUUUGGAAACUUUCUGUAAAAAGUUUUCGGAUUUUGGGUUUUUGGAUUGAUUGAAGAGAUGCAGCAUAAUCUGUUCACCACAAUGCGAAGUUUGAAGCUAAUCGAAGGAUGUAAAGGCACGCAGGUGUACGCUCUCAACCCAUCGGCUCCUCCUCCGCCACUACCUCCUCCGGGUAGCGGCGGCGGCGGCGGCGGCGGCGGCGGUGGAGGAGUCGGAGAAAAGUUACUACAGCAUCUCCAGGAUCAUCUUCGAGUUAACUCGAUCCGAUCCAAAUCAAGCCGGACAUAUCCACCGCCGAAUCAAACAAACGCCGUCGUUUUGCCGGACUCUCUCCUCCCUUACGGACUCCCCGUCACGGAUUUGCUCGAACCGCAGAUUGAUUCUUCCCUAAAGUUCGUCGAUUUGAUCGACAAGCUCGCCGAAGUCUACCGUCGGAUCGAGAAUUGCCCGCAAUUCGAGAAAUCUGAGGCUUAUUUAGAACAAUGCGCAAUAUUCCGAGGCUUAUCCGAUCCGAAACUUUUCCGGCGUAGUCUCCGAUCAGCUAGGCAACACGCCGUCGACGUUCACACGAAAGUCGUCUUAGCCUCUUGGCUCCGAUAUGAGAGGAGAGAAGAUGAGCUGAUUGGGACUAGCUCCAUGGAUUGCUGCGGGAGAAAUCUUGAAUGCCCAAAAGCGACUCUAGUUUCCGGGUACGACCCGGAAUCCGUUUACGAUUCCUGCGUCUGUUCCGGAGCCGCCGCGAGAUCAGAAAUCAAGUAUGGUGAUGAUGAUGUACCAGAGUGUUCGACGUCGGAGGAAGAUUACGACAUGUCCUUCUGUAUCGGCGAUGAUGAAGUUCGUUGCGUGAGGUACAAGAUCGCGUCUUUGUCUAGACCCUUCAAGGCAAUGUUAUACGGCGGUUUCAGAGAGAUGAAACGGAGCACGAUCAACUUUACGCAGAACGGAAUCUCCGUGGAAGGGAUGAGAGCUGCAGAGAUUUUUAGUAGGAUUCAAAGGGUCGAGAUGUUUCCUCCUAAUGUCGUCUUGGAGCUACUCACGUUGGCGAAUCGGUUCUGCUGCGACGAAUUGAAAUCAGCUUGCGAUUCGCAUUUGGCUCGUCUUGUUAGUAAUCUUGAUGAUGCAGUGUUAUUGAUCGAGUAUGGAUUGGAAGAGUCUGCAUACCUUCUUGUGGCUGCUUGUCUUCAGGUUGUUCUUAGAGAAUUGCCGAGCUCUAUGCAUAAUCCGAACGUGGUGAAGAUUUUCUGCAGCGUUGAGGGAAGGGAAAGACUGGCCUUGGUUGGGCAUGCUUCUUUCACAUUGUACCUCUUCUUAAGCCAGAUUGCUAUGGAAGAUGAUAUGAAAUCAAACACAACUGUAAUGGUGUUAGAAUGUUUGGUUGAAUGUGCGGUUGAGACUUGGCAGAAACAGCUCGCCUGUCACCAAUUAGGAGUUGUGAUGCUUGAGAGGAAAGAAUAUAAAGAUGCUCAGAGAUGGUUUGACUCAGCGGUCGAGGCAGGUCAUAUUUACUCCCUUGUUGGUGUAGCCAGGUCUAAGUUUAAGCGUGGCCACCGAUACUCGGCUUAUAAAAUCAUGAACUCGUUGAUUUCGGAAUCCUCAGCUACUGGUUGGAUGCACCAGGAGAGGUCCCUGUAUUGCAGCGGUAAAGAGAAGCUGCUCGAUAUGGACAUUGCCACCGAUUUGGACCCAACUUUGACUUUCCCUUACAAAUUCAGGGCAGUGUCAUUGGUCGAGGAGAAUCAGUUUGGGGCUGCGGUCGCGGAACUGAACAAGAUUAUGGGGUUUAAGGUCUCUCCUGACUGCUUAGAGAUGCGUGCGUGGAUCUCUAUAGUUAUGGAGGACUAUGAAGGUGCUUUGAAAGAUAUUCGAGCGCUUUUGACAUUGGAGCCAAAUUUCUUGAUGUUUAACAGGAAGAUCCAUGGCGAUCAUAUGGUGGAACUCCUUCGUCCGCUAGUCCAGCAAUGGAACCAGGCUGAUUGUUGGAUGCAGCUUUAUGAUCGUUGGUCUUCUGUUGAUGAUAUCGGAUCUUUGGCUGUUGUUCAUCAUAUGUUGGCAAAUGAUCCAGGGAAGAGCCUUUUGCGUUUCAGACAGUCUCUUCUUCUCCUAAGGCUAAAUUGUCAAAAGGCUGCGAUGCGUAGCCUUAGGCUGGCUCGAAACCAUUCAAAGUCGGAGCAUGAGAGACUCGUGUAUGAAGGAUGGAUAUUGUAUGACACAGGACACCGUGAGGAAGCCCUGGCCAAGGCCGAGGAAUCCAUAUCCAUACAAAGAUCUUUUGAAGCAUAUUUCCUCAAAGCUUAUGCUCUUGCAGACUCGACGCUCGACCCUGAGUCAUCAAAGUAUGUGAUCCAGCUCCUUGAAGAAGCACUUCGGUGUCCAUCAGAUGGUCUUCGUAAGGGACAAGCUUUAAACAACCUUGGAAGUGUAUAUGUUGACUGUGAUAAGCUGGAUCUUGCAGCAGAUUGUUACACGAACGCGCUAAACAUCAAGCACACACGAGCUCACCAAGGUCUAGCUCGUGUAUACCAUCUGAAAAACCAAAGGAAAGCUGCGUAUGAUGAGAUGACAAAGUUGAUAGAGAAAGCUCAGAACAAUGCAUCGGCCUUUGAGAAGCGCUCAGAAUAUUGUGACCGAGAGAUGGCGCAGAGCGACCUAAGCAUGGCGACACAGUUAGAUCCUCUGAGAACUUACCCAUACCGAUACAGAGCCGCAGUUCUUAUGGAUGACCAUAAAGAAACCGAAGCCAUUGAAGAGCUAUCAAAAGCCAUAGCCUUUAAACCUGACCUCCAACUGUUACAUCUACGAGCAGCAUUCUUCGAUUCAAUGCGAGAACCUGCAGACGCUAUCAGAGACUGUGAAGCAGCACUGAGUCUUGAUCCAAACCACACAGAUACCAUCGACCUCUAUCGCAAAGCAAGUGAACCACAAUCAUAGGCAGAUCCAUUUGCAAUCUUUUCUUCCUUCUUACACUUCGGCGAGAGCAUCUUUCCUCUGAAACCACAGAUACUGGUAUGCUUCUAUGCCGUUUCUCAUCCUUUCUGGAACAUUUCAGUGGAAAACUAAGCUUGGUUCCUUUGUGAUCAAGAAGUUUUGAUAGAAGGAACUGGGGACAAACCAAAGGAGCUGCAACAUAGAAUGUAAAUAUAAAUUUUAUACAUCGGGGUUUUGGGUUUUAUGUGAUCUAUUCUGGUUUGAUGAGGGUAAUAUGUAAGUAGAGCAGAGUGUUUUCUGGACACAAAAGGAACACGGAGAAAGAUUACCUCUGGUAAAACUGGACUUCUUGUUCUGUCCUGUUUUUUCAGAUGUUUCACUUUGUGUUUCUUCUUUUCUUCUCUCUUUAUUUAUUUUGUGUAAUUUUUGUUUUUCUCAUGUUUGUUGUAUUGAUUCUCAGACACCUGAAAUUUUUUCCACCCUUUCAAAACAGGAACCAUAAAAGUGAGUUGAUCAAAC